ACCAAUCGGUGGCGCCGGCGCAUGCCGUCCGUGGCUCCUGAUUGGCCGCGACGUCACCGCUCCCCGUCCCGUGAAUAGGGCAGGACGGCCGCGCCGGGCCUUUGUCUCGCGCCGCGGGGCAGAGGGCGCGUGGCGGCGGUGGAUUGUCUGAUCUCCAGGACUCACCAGCAAUGCCAUCAGCUAUGGAGGGCUCCGAGGGGGGAGAAGAAGGGGAAAUCUUGCCCUAUGAGGAAACAGAAGAUGACAAUGUCAGUCCCACUGACCUUUCAGAGCUGCUGAAGGAGGGGACUAAGGAAUCCCAUGACCAUGCAGAGAACGCUCAGUUUGUCAAAGACUUCCUGAAAGGACGGAUCAAGAAGGAGCUCUUCAAGCUGGCCACUGUGGCACUGUACUUCACCUACUCUGCUCUAGAAGAGGAGAUGGAUUGCAACAAGGACAACCCAGUCUUUGCUCCUCUGUAUUUUCCUCUAGAGCUUCACCGGAGAGAAGCGCUGGUCAAAGACCUGAAAUAUUUCUAUGGAGAAGACUGGAAAGAGAAGAUCCAGUGUUCUGAGGCAACUCAGCAUUAUGUGGACAGAAUCCAUCAUGUGGGACAACACGAGCCAGAGCUGCUAGUGGCUCACGCUUACACACGCUACAUGGGUGACCUCUCAGGUGGCCAGGUGCUGAAGAAGGUAGCCCAGAGGGCCCUGAAGCUGCCCAGUACCAAGGAAGGGAUCCAAUUCUAUGUGUUUGACAACAUUUCCAAUGCACAGCAGUUCAAGCAGCUCUACAGAGCAAGGAUGAAUGCUCUGGACUUGGACAAGAACACCAAGGAGAGGAUUGUGGAAGAGGCCAACCAAGCCUUCCGCUUUAACAUGCAGGUAUUUGAGGAACUGGACAAGAUCGGCAGGUCACUGACAGAAGCGGCCCAAGACGGAGGCUUUCCAGGCCACGAUGGAAAAGGAGACCUGCGCAAAUGCCCUUACUAUGCAGACAAACUAGGCAAGGCAGGAGCUGGCUGCCCCUAUCACACCGCUGCAGCCCUGGCAAAGCAGCCCCUAGUGCAGCUGAUCCUGGCGGCCUGCGUGGCUGUGGCGGCAGGAGCUGUGGCGUGGUACAUCAUGUGACGGGAAGAGCGGUGCGUGGCACUAAAUGGUGGCAAGGGGAGAGGUGCGCCCUGUCCUUCUUCAUACCGUUCCCUUGCUGUUGGUGGUGAGUUGACUGCAGGGUGGAAGUACAAAAAUAAACAGGAAUCCUGUGGGACUGUCAAAGAGACACUUUGCACACCAGUAAUGCAAGCACUGUAAUAUAAUCACAUCUUUAGCUGACUCAUGUACAGGGCCGCUGCGGUGCGAGGGUGUCAGGAUUCCACUUCAGCACUGCCCUACCCAGGCUGGGGCAGCUUUUAAGGCUAGAAAUGUCUCAUCCUGUACUGGCAGGGGCUUCACGUGCUUGGCUUUUCAUCUCCUUCCUGGGAGCAGUCACUGGAGGGAGUUUCCUGCCCUGGGCUGCAACCCAAGAAUGUGUCAUCAGCCUUUCCAGUGCAGAGCGCUGCAUUUCCUAUCGGGAGAAACUUUCAGCUGUGCCGCAGUGGCUGUGCCAUGGGGCCACCAGCUCAAAGGUGCGUCCUGUUUGGGGCUUUGUCUAGGCCAAGCGACUCAAAGUGGAGGAAGCUCGCCGGGGUGUGGACAGGACCACGUGGGUGGGGGUAUGAAGGUGAGAGGUGUGUACAUCAGAGUUGUGCGCUGGGUUUUGUUUUUUUUUCUGAAGCCUUGACUGGAAUAAAAAGCUGCAGUGCUGUA